AUGUCAUCAUCAUCAUCUGAUGAUAUUUGGAAUUGUCCAGAAAUUGAUUUUUUUCUUCCAAAUGAACGAAAACAACUCAAAUAUGCAUAUCAAAACUAUAUAAUGAAUACAAAACAACUGGAGAAUAAUAAAACAUUUGUUCAAUCAAAACUUCAAUUAUUUCAAUUAUUUAUUCGAACAUAUCCAAUUAAUAUUCGAAGUUUUAGUUUAUUUCAUCAACAACAACAAAAAUGUUUUGUUGAAAAAUUAUUUUAUUUAAUUUUAAAUUCUGUUGAUAUGACUCAUUUUCAAACAUUUAAUAUUCAAUCGAUUAUAACAUUGAGUUCAGAAUUUGAAAAAUAUCAACGUUAUACAAAUAAAUCUAUUGUAAAUACGGGUAAAUUAAAUGCUGUUAUUCAAUUUGUUUUAUCCUUUUCAUCUUCGACAACGAUAUCAUUUUCUAUAAAUAAUUUAUUCUAUUUAUUAUUAAAUGAUAUGAGUGAUUUUAGUGGAAAAUCGGUCGAUCGUAUAUCAGAAUUAUUACGAACAUAUCAUUUUAUGACUUAUGGUCAUACUAUUAACAAAAAUUAUCUUGUAGCAACAGUAGAUAAUGGAUUAAAUACAGCAAAUUAUUGUAAUCCUUUGGUAUAUAUGUUAUAUGAAAAUUUUCUAAGUAAUAACUAUGUGUAUAAGUGCAAUAAUGUUCAUUUACUUUUACUUGAUUGUAAUUCAUUGUUACCAUCCUCAAAACAACAACUAUUAGUAAAACCAUUAUCAUUAUAUACAAUAAUUCAAAAUUUAUCGUUUUUACUAUUAGGUUUACAAUUAGAAGAUUUUCCAUCGAAUGAUGUAUAUUUAAAUUUAUCGGCAGAUAAUUGUUACAAUAUUAAAUUAACUAUUCGCUAUUUAGUUUAUUUAUAUCAACAUCAUCAAUUAACAAUUGAAUUUCCUCUACGUUCAAUUGAUAAACAAAUCGUUGUUUUAUUAAUUCAUUCCAUAAUUAUAAAUAAUCAAACAUAUGAAAAAAUAAAACAUCUUCUUGAUCUAUUAAUAAAAUAUAUUCAUUAUAGACAAAUAAAAUCAACAUUAAAAUUUUUAUGCGAUAAACAAUUAUUUCAACAAUAUAUUAUUGAAACUAUGAGCUAUUUUUUGGCAUUAAAUAAAAAAUUUGAUGAUGAAUAUGAUGAACAUGACAAUGAAAAUAAAUGUGGAUUAAAAGAGAAUCAAUUUAAAUUAAUAAGUAAUAAACAUUAUUCAGUAAAUAUCUAUGAAGCUAUAUUACUACCUUAUUUUGAAUAUUUUAAUACAUUUCAUCAAUUAUUUGAUAUUAAUUUAAAAACAUCAUCUCCUCCAUCACAAUAUAAUAUUGAUAUCAAUGAUAGUCACGUGGUUUAUACGAAAUUUUAUCAAAUGAUAAAUAGUUUAGUCGAUUAUUUGAAUGAUAAAGAUGAGGAAACAGACGAAAUUGAUAUUAAACAAAUGCAGACAAUGUUCAUAAUGAGUACACAAUAA